UUAGGCACAAGGGUCUCGCAGUUCUUCCUGAGAACCCUUUCCUCGCUCCCCUCGCUGAGUCAGGCUCGAAGUCGAAUUCCUUUGUCGAAAUGGGGGCUGGCAGAGUGCUCGUGCUGCUGGCUGCUGCCCUGGCACUGGUAGAAGGCCAUAGCAUCUGUACUUCCUUGUCCUGUCCGGAACCGAACGGCUUCUUCGCGCACCCGACCGACUGCCACCGCUAUGUCAAGUGCGCCCACGGCCACGCCUACGUCGAGACCUGCCCCGCCAACCUGCACUUCAACGAGGCCUCUGGGAGCUGUGACCACGCGGAGAACGCCAAGUGCGACAUAACCGAGCGGCUGGAGACCGACGGAUGUUCCCUUCGGUCCGCUAAGGCCAGUCGAUCCUUGCCCGCAGAGUCGGACCUUUCAGUCCAGUGCGACUGUGACUGCUGCCUCAAGCCACACAAGGACUGCAACAAGUACUACGAGUGCAAGGAUAACGUUGCCUACGUCAAGGAGUGCGGAGGUGAUCUGGUGUUCAAUCCUGCAAAGGAACAGUGCGACCUUCCAACCAAUUAUGAAUGCCCUAAACCAAUCAUUUGUGGCUGCCAUUGCCGAUACCCAGUCGACGGGGAGUGCAAUGCUUACUAUGAGUGCAAGGACGACGAGGCGGAGAAGAGGUACUGCUCAGAAGGACUGCUGUUCAACCCCGAUACCCGCAUGUGCGACGUCGCUUCAAAUGUGGACUGCCCGGUUGAUCCUCCAACAACUGGAACUUGCGAUACAAACGUCUUUGAUUCCGAUCCUGACUGUAAGUUCUGGGCCGCCAACAACGAUUGUCACUGCAAGUGGACGGAUGGUGACUGCUCUUGGCAGCACUUCGUCGCCCGUGCCUGUCCCCGCAGCUGUGGAUGCCAAGACAAUGUGGACGUCACGAAGCCUCCUGUAAUUGACUACCCUUGCGUGGACUGCUCUACCGGCCAACAGUACUGGCAGCAUCCCAGCGACUGCCGCAAGUUCAUCCAGUGCACAUCGUACGGUCCUCAGGAGAUGCCAUGCGGAGAAGGAACAGUUUGGGACCAAAACCUGCUCACCUGCAACCAUGCAUGGGCCACUGAGUGCUUGACAGGCAACUUCCUUCUCACUAACGGAAGCUGUUCAGGAUGCUCAGGAUGCACUCCUCCAGCAAAGCCCCCAACCAACCCUCCAACACACAAACCUGUCACACCAGGCAACUUCCCCUGUGUAGAUUGCUCCACUGGCCAGCAAUACUGGCAGCAUCCUACCGACUGCCAAAAGUUCAUUCAGUGUGCCCCUUAUGGUCCCCAAGAAAUGCCAUGCCCUGCAGGAACAAGGUGGGACCAGAAGAUCCUUACUUGUAAUCAUGAAUGGAACACCCCGUGCGUGACAGGGAACUACCUUUUGGAUGACGGAAGCUGUUCGGGUUGUACUGGUUGCCCUCCUCCACCAACCUCAAGCCCAGAUAGCUGUAGUGGCGAAAACCCAGACUGCAAGCAUUGGGCUGCCAAUGGGGACUGCACCUGUAAGCCGAAUACCGAUUGUUAUUGGCAGAAUGAAGUCGCUAAAAUGUGUCCCAAGACCUGUCGAGGAGAGUGUGGGGAUAAUCCAGCUACCCCACCAGCUGACGAUUGCAUCAAAUGUCCUUCCUAUAGUGGUCUUUUCCCACAUCCGAAAGACUGCACCAAAUGGGUUCACUGUGACCACUUCACACCGUACGUGAAGGACUGCCCUGCCAAUCUGCACUUUAAUCCAACACUUAAGGUAUGUGACUGGCCAUCGCGUGCAGGAUGCUCCUCAAGUGACAGUGGUGACUGCGUCAUCCAACCUGACCCAGAGCCAACCAGCCCCCCCUCCCAACCUGAUCCUGCUUGCACAUGUGAAUGUUGCCACAUUCCUCAUCCGGAGGACUGCGCAUCCUAUUAUUACUGUGAUGUGAACAAGAACAAGACCUUCCAUACAUGCCCUGAAGCACUUGUAUUCAACCCGGAUUUAGAUACAUGUGUUUACGCUCAUCAGUACCCUGAAUGUGUCAUCGAAAAGCCUCCACAGUGCGAGUGCGAAUGUCACUAUCCCUCUGAGAUUUGCAGCGAAUAUUACAUUUGCAACGGUGGUGUCCCUGAGAAGACGGAGUGCCCCUCGGGUCUGCACUGGAACCAAGCAAUAAUGUCAUGUGACCAUCCUGAGAACGUUCAGUGCGAGACGAGGCGAAAAUAAGAUGCAUAACACGGGGGAUGGUUAAUAGAAGGAAAUAUCAAUGGAAAGAAAAUAACUUUCUGGAAAUAUCAUUAGGAAUACUAUCAACGUAAUUUUCUAGAAAUUCUCAAAAACUCGGCGACAUUGGCUUCUAGUUGAGUCUUGAGUUUGUUGACCAUCAUGUACUAGAUAUUGUGGUUUGUAAUUAUAUUUGUUUUCUUAGGGAAUAUGUAGACAAGUUAUUUGGAUCUUCCUUCUUUUAUGUUUCGUCAAUAUCUUAUUUAUCAAUUGGUAAAAUAGUUAUUAAAUGUAAACAAUAAAUUUGAAUGUUUCAUUA